AAAAGGGAAGGUGAUGGACAUAGAGAACUCAGUUUCAAAAGCAAGUAAGUAAAAUUGAGUAUUAAACCUUAGUUCUAGAAUAUGUGUAAUCACUUUCAACAUACCUUUACUGAUGGGCAAUACAAAAAAAUGGUUUAAUAUUAGCACACAUAUAUAUUUAAAAGAGGUUUUAAAUUAUAUUUUUGACAAUAAUACUUGUAAAAUAGAGGAAAGCAUAGCAUAUAGGUUUAGACAUCUGGGCCAGAGCUUCCUAGUUGAUACAUAGUUUCUUUGCUGAAGCAACAGCCUUCAUGAACUCUGCUUUAGCUUGUGUCAUUAACACUACUAGUUCAAUGUGUCCUUUUGCAGUCUGUGAGGCAGUAUCUGUGUCUUUGAUAACAAUAAUGUGAACUUAUCACAGCAUUACUUAUGAAGCAGCAUCAUGACCAAGAUAGAUCGCACUCUCUGCACAGACCAAUAAUGAUAAAUGAAAGAUAACAGCCAGUGAAAAACAAGGUACAUAAAGGGACACUGAACAACAUGAAGAUGAGGCACAAUAGUAGAACGUAAAGCAAUGGAUGAAGGUAUGAAGAGAUGUUGAUACUAUAAACAGUGUAAGAUAGAGUCGUUACAUUAAGGUUAACAUGACAGUAUUGCCACAGAGUUGAGAAUAGUAAGUCAGGGUUAGUAUUUUGUGAACAGAUAUGUUUUCAGAUGGCAUUUGAAUGUAGCCUUAGUGGCUAAUGUGAUGUGGAAGAGAGUUCCAUUGCUUAGCAGCACAGAAGGAAAACCUCUGUUGUCAGUACGUGACUGUCUUUGUGGGAGGAAAUGAAUGUGGGAGUCUGAUGAGGAGCAAAGGUUUUGGGCGGAGGUGUGGACAGACAAGAUUUAAGUAAAGUAGUGAAGGCUCCUAGCCUUCAAAGAAUCCACAGUAUAGAGUUGGGAGCUUUUAGCUUUAACUUGUAGCCAAUGAAGAGAGUGAAGAAGUAGUGUGACACAUUCACAUUUGUGAGUCUGGAAAACUAGACGACCAGCUGAGUUCUGGACUUUCUGAUGCUUUUCAAUGAGGUAUGUAGACAGCCUGGUAGUUGUCCAAGAAACUGAGUCUUUGCAGUUGAUGAUAUUCAAACAAAAGAACUUUACUUACAGUUUAUACAAAAGGUCUACUCACAGUGACACAUGCUGAGACUAACCUAGCAGCAACUCCUGCCACUUCAAUGGCGACAUGUGCUUCACAACUCUGAUCACAGCAACACUCACUGACUAAAGGCGACACAAGCCUGUGAAAACAAGUUGUCAACAAGACAGGAGAAUGACCAGUGUUGACAGAAGAUAGGAAAGAUAAAGCUUUAGUAUGACAGGGAAAUGUUCGUUCAGAAGAAUAUAGAUGAAAGGGCCAGGUAAGGGAGAAAACGGAAAAGUAUAAGAGAAAUGAGUGGGCUAGCUUAAUCACCUAGCCAGAGAGAGGCUAGGACGAGAAGCCAGGCCUACUAAAUGGAUGAUACAUAUGGUAAUACUGGCUUUCUGUGAGUUGUUGUUUUUUUGGCAUGGUUUUUGUGAGAGCGUGAAUUGGGUAAUUGCUAAAGAAGAAAAUUACUGGCCAGUCGAUGAGGGUAAGGGGGUCGCAUCUGAUAUAUAUUCUAUUCACACUUUGAAGUUUCGAACCUUUGGGGUUAUUAUUCCUGCAAAAUAAGCGAUCUGAAUUUUCAUGCUGACGGGUUUCAUGGUUUUCUGUCCCGAAAUCACAGACUGGAUGGUAACAAACAACGAUGUUAAAAGGGAAGCCCUCCUAUGCUCGUGAUGAAGAAAUCUAUCUUCACUCCUUUGUCCACCAAAUCACAUCAAGAAUAUGAAUGCGUGUUCGAGUUUCGCGCAAUGUGUUUUGGUCAUCAUAAACACUAUAUUUGCGGUCUUCGGGAUCGUUUUCUUGAUCGUCGGGUGCAUGGUACGUUUCGGUUCGAGCCUUCUUGACGACCGUCUUCAGACCCUGUACGCUGUCGUCCAAGAGUAUUUUGAGAAAUCAGGCUCAACAUCCAGCUUGUCCGACUUCAACAUCGGUGACUUUCUGCAGAGUGCUACUCUUGCAUUUAUUCUCAUCGGUGUUUUCUUUUUCAUCAUUGGCAUGUUGGGCUGUCUUGGAGCUUGCUGUAAAAUCAGAUGGUGCCUAAUUGUGUAUCUAGUAAUACUUGGAAUUAUCAUCGCAGGAGAGGUGACAUUUAUCAUUCUCGUCUACACCAUAGAUGGUAAGAUACAAGAAACCAUGAGAACACCUCUUUACGAUUCUCUUCGUGAUGACUAUAAAGGAAUCAACAGCUCUGAGGCUGUCUCUGUUGGAUGGAACUUUGCUAUGGUAACGUUCAAGUGUUGCGGAGUUACAAACUACACAGAUUUUGAGAAAGCGAGUAAAUGGCAGAGGAAUUACACUGUUAACGGACAGACCUUUCAUCUUCAAGUGCCGAUCGCAUGCUGCAAAAGCAACUCGUCGUUUCCUAACGUGCAGCUUCCAGACGAUUUCUCAUGUGCCGUGUCCCCCACGACAGCCACUGCUAACAUUGACAAAGGUUGCUACGAUGCCUUGGUUGAUUUCAUCCUUGAUCACAUAAACAUUCUUAUUGCUGUUGGAGCCUCUGUUGGAGCUGUUGAGAUUCUGAUGUUCAUCUUUGCCAUCUGCGUACUCUGUGCUGCCCAGAAAGAUGACGAUGUAAAAGACUUUUAAAACAAAAGGAAAACUUUUUUUGACUGAGGACAGUUAAAAAACAAAUAAUUCCAAUGCACUUUUUUAAAAACCUUUUAUGUCUUUAGGAAACGCCUCUCCCAAUAAUUGGACUUUUAUUAUUAUCAAUAAUUGUAAAUGGAAAACGUGCACAAUAAAUAUUUGCUUGUUCAAAAUGUU